GAUCGGGAAGACUUCAUCGCCGAUUUGCGAAAGAAGAAAGCUGCCGAUGCACAAAAGAAGGAGAAACAAGAAAAGAAGAUGAAUGGAAAAGUGAAUGCAACUGAGCUCGCCUCAGAAAUUCGUAGUACAGAGCGGGUACCCCAAAAUCUUCAUGAAGAAGAGAGUGCUAUUGCCCGUGAAAGCAGUGUAAAAGGCAUGAAAGAUCAGAUAGUCGUUUCGGAACUGGUAGAAGCCUCGCCAGACAAGGAGAUUGUGAUCGACAAGGAUGGCACAGAGAAAUUCGAGAAGCUCGUCGAAACAAAGACAAACGAGAUUCUCAAGAAAGUUGGCAGUGUCUCGGCGGACGUCGCUAAGGAUCUCAAAAACUUUGCGAAAGAUGUGAGGGCCCAAGCUGAGGCGAACAUCGACUCGGCAACAAGAGAUGUUGAGAAAAUUGCCGGCACGAUUUGGCCUCUCGAUUAG